AUGUUGUUCAGCAAGAAUCAAAACGACUCAGAUGAUCCUGAAGAAUCGAAUCGCGAACAUGGAAAGCCUCUUUCUUGUAUGAUAUUCUUCUUCGCAUCUCAAAUGUUAAGCAACCUGGAAUCGCCAGCGGCAUCUUCGGGAUCGACUGACAAAUCUCGUAUUUCGCGUACGAGGGCCCAUCCAUUGGACGUUCUUCUUGCAGAAGUAGGGGAACAUGCAAAUCGCAGCCCUUAUGUUACACGCUUUGAGCCAAUUCCGGUUGAAAUGUCACCUCCCGGGCGACCUACGGGUACACCCCGUGACGAGAUGCAUGAUGUUCUGUUGCUAGCUAGCUUCAAGGACAAGACUGCUUGGCAAAAAUGGAUUGAAACUCCAGAAUGGCAGCAAUUUAUGCAGAGAACGGAGAAGGAGGCCGUCUUCCGGCGUGUCCCGCAUGUCCGGUGUGCCCAUAGUCAUAAGGGUCUAAGAAAUCCCUUGGAGAUUCUUAUGGCUUGA